AUAUGAAUUUGUGAUUAACAUUGAAAGUUUGACAAUAGACAUACAAAGUUUGUAAAAAUUUUUAAUUUUUGUGAAGUAUUAUACAUUAUGGAGGGCAGAUUUGUUAAUUAGGAUAUCAAAAGUUGGAAUUAAUAUAAAAAUUUAAAAGAAAUUUCAACAACAAUUUAAAUCUUAAAAUUAUAAAAUGGUAUGCUCUUUUCGACAACGGCGAGUUCCAGAGUGGAUGAGGUGACCAGAAAGAAGAGAGCAAUAUGGCAGAGGCUCUCCUUUCUCCUCCCCCUUGGUUCUCCUCUCCUAACCAUGCUUGCCUCCCGAAACUCUUCAGAAUUCAAUGUAGAAACACGCCAAACCGGAGGAAUUAUCGAUUGCGCAGCAACAUUAAACUCAGUUCUUGUGUUCCUUCCAAACCCAGUUCAGAAAAUGGGUUGUGCAGAAGGGAUUUGAUGUUUCUUGGCUUGUCUUCUUCUCUAAUCAUUACCUUUCCAUCCCCGGGAUGCCGGGCUGAGGAAGAGUUGAAAAUGGCUUCAGUGGUCGAUGACAUAAAUGCUUACUCUUACCUGUACCCAGUUGAGUUGCAAUCAAAGAAGUUUGUAAUUAAAUGGGUGGAGUCCAGAAAGCCCGAACGUUAUUCGUCAGCAGCGCCACUGUCCCCUAAUGCACGCCUGCGCAUUGUGUCCGAGCGUGUUGAUUUUAUUGAUAACCUCAUCAUUUCUGUUGCGGUAACUUCAAUAAAACUAAGUUCUUGCAACUGCCCUAUGGUUACAUUCAUAAUUCCAUUUAUUUUGGUUCAGAUAGGCCCCCCCAAUUCACAAUUCUUAAGAUUGAAGGACAGGAGUAAAUGGAAUGCAAAAGCUGUUGCUGAUUCUGUAUUAUCUGAAAAGUCACCUUUGCGAGUUACUGCAAGUCAGCGUAUGACUGAGAGUUCAGUUCUGGAUGCACAUUCAAGUGAAAUUGAUGGUGUGCCUUACUGGUAUUAUGAGUAUCUCCUUCGCAAAUCACCUACCAAUGCUAUUCAAGAACCAAGCAGUUAUCGACACUUCGUUAGUUCAACUGCUGAGCGUGAUGGUUAUUUGUACACGCUGAGUGCUUCUACUCUUAACAAUAAGUGGAAUGUAAUGGGUCCUUUAUUGGAAAAAACUGUAUCUUCUUUCCGCCUUCUUCCACCCACAGUAAACUAUGUUCCACCGUUCAAGGAUCCCUGGAGAUUUUGGUGACCAGUGCUGCUUCAUUUUGUUUUUUGGUUUUUUGGCUUUUGCCUUUGGCUCUUGGAUGUCUCUAUUUUCAAUAGAAAAAAUUCAAGGAUUUUGAGCUC